AUUCAUACUUUUUUUUCGAUGUAAUUUUUGCUCUUUCGUGUAUUUUUUAACGAAUAAGAAUAAUGUGUUAAAAGUUCAAUGUGAAUCGUAUCGUCGUGUGUUCGUGCAGACGUGCAAUUGUUAACCUACAGCAAUAAACUGUUUUUGGUGUGUCUUCACAAGCAACGCGAAACGAAAUUGCUAAAAAUUAAAACCGAGACGAAUCAGCAUAAGAAACCAACAAAAACAACGAACGACCAAACAAGAAGCUGAUCAAAAGCAUAAAAAAAAACCAACAAAAGUCAACGUCAACGUUGACGCAGACAACAGUAUUCGUAUUCUCUCCCGUUCUUUUUUUUACUUACUUUUAUCAACAAUAAUAAAAGUGCGUGUGUUAUCUCUCGUUAAACCAACAAGAAGAAGAGACUACAGCAACUCAGUGAGCAGUGAGCAGAGGAGCAGCAAACAACAACUCGCAACUCCCAAUCAGAGAGCCAAAAUAGCAGUCCGUCAAGAUGACGCAACCGUUACCCAUACGCUUUCAAGAGCAUUUACAGCUCACAAAUGUCGGCAUCAAUCCGAACUCCUUCUCGUUCAGCACGCUCACAAUGGAAUCGGACAAGUUCAUUUGUGUGCGCGAGAAGACGAACGAUACCGCCCAGGUGGUCAUCAUUGAUAUGAACGACUCCUCGAAUCCGACGCGCCGUCCCAUUUCAGCGGACUCGGCCAUUAUGAAUCCGGCUAGCAAGGUGAUUGCGCUGAAAGCGCAAAAGACGCUGCAGAUCUUCAACAUUGAGAUGAAAUCGAAAAUGAAGGCGCACACGAUGAACGAGGAUGUGGUAUUCUGGAAAUGGAUAUCGCUCAAUACGCUCGCCCUGGUCACCGAGACGAGCGUCUUUCAUUGGUCAAUGGAGGGCGAUUCGAUGCCACAGAAAAUGUUCGAUAGACAUUCCUCGCUCAAUGGCUGUCAGAUAAUCAAUUACCGAUGCAAUGCCUCGCAGCAGUGGCUGCUGCUUGUUGGCAUUUCGGCGCUGCCCAGUCGUGUCGCUGGCGCCAUGCAAUUGUAUUCCGUCGAGCGUAAGGUGUCGCAGGCCAUUGAGGGUCAUGCCGCCAGUUUUGCCACCUUCAAGAUCGAGGGCAACAAGGAGCCGACAACGCUUUUCUGUUUUGCUGUACGCACCGCAACCGGUGGCAAGCUGCACAUCAUUGAGGUCGGCACACCGCCCAAUGGCAAUCAGCCGUUCCCGAAGAAGGCCGUCGAUGUAUUCUUUCCGCCAGAGGCGCAAAAUGAUUUUCCGGUAGCGAUGCAAGUUUCCGCCAAGUACGAUACCAUCUAUUUGAUAACCAAAUAUGGAUAUAUCCAUCUGUACGAUAUGGAAACGGCCACGUGCAUCUACAUGAAUCGCAUAUCGGCCGAUACGAUUUUUGUGACCGCACCGCACGAGGCCAGCGGCGGCAUCAUUGGCGUCAAUCGUAAGGGUCAAGUGCUGUCCGUCACCGUUGACGAGGAGCAAAUUAUACCCUAUAUUAAUACAGUUCUCCAAAAUCCCGAUCUCGCACUGCGCAUGGCCGUGCGCAACAAUUUGGCUGGUGCCGAGGAUCUGUUUGUUCGUAAAUUCAAUAAACUCUUUGGCGCCGGUCAAUAUGCCGAAGCCGCCAAGGUGGCUGCAUUGGCCCCAAAGGCCAUUCUGCGUACACCGCAAACGAUUCAACGUUUCCAGCAGGUGCAAACGCCGGCAGGCUCCACGACGCCGCCGCUAUUGCAAUACUUUGGCAUACUCCUGGAUCAGGGUAAACUGAACAAGUUCGAAUCGUUGGAACUGUGCCGUCCAGUGCUACUGCAGGGCAAAAAGCAGCUGUGCGAAAAGUGGCUGAAGGAGGAGAAGCUCGAGUGCAGCGAGGAAUUGGGUGAUCUUGUUAAGACAUCGGAUCUGACACUAGCUCUGUCCAUCUAUCUGCGCGCCAAUGUGCCCAACAAGGUGAUUCAAUGCUUUGCCGAAACGGGUCAAUUCCAGAAGAUCGUGCUCUACGCCAAAAAGGUUAACUAUACACCCGACUAUAUAUUCCUGUUGCGUUCCGUGAUGCGCAGCAAUCCGGAACAGGGCGCAGGCUUUGCCUCCAUGCUGGUCGCUGAGGAGGAGCCCCUGGCCGAUAUCAAUCAAAUUGUCGACAUCUUUAUGGAGCAUUCAAUGGUGCAACAAUGCACAGCCUUUCUACUGGACGCACUCAAGCAUAAUCGUCCCGCUGAGGGUGCCCUGCAGACGCGUCUGCUUGAAAUGAAUUUGAUGUCGGCGCCGCAGGUGGCGGAUGCCAUACUGGGCAACGCCAUGUUCACCCACUACGAUCGCGCCCACAUUGCCCAGCUGUGCGAAAAGGCCGGCCUAUUGCAGCGCGCCCUGGAACACUAUACGGAUCUGUAUGACAUCAAGCGUGCAGUUGUUCACACACACAUGCUGAAUGCCGAAUGGCUGGUCAGUUUCUUUGGCACACUCUCCGUCGAGGAUUCGCUGGAGUGCCUGAAGGCUAUGCUAACGGCUAAUCUGCGCCAGAAUUUGCAGAUUUGCGUACAAAUUGCAACGAAAUAUCACGAACAGCUGACAACCAAGGCACUGAUUGAUCUGUUUGAGAGCUUUAAGAGCUACGACGGUCUCUUUUACUUUUUGAGCAGCAUUGUGAACUUCUCGCAGGAUCCAGAGGUGCAUUUCAAGUAUAUUCAGGCCGCCUGCAAGACCAACCAGAUCAAGGAGGUGGAGCGCAUCUGUCGCGAAUCCAAUUGCUAUAAUCCGGAGCGUGUCAAGAACUUCCUAAAGGAGGCCAAAUUGACAGACCAAUUGCCGUUGAUAAUUGUCUGUGAUCGUUUCGAUUUCGUGCACGAUCUGGUGCUCUAUCUUUACCGCAACAAUCUCCAAAAAUAUAUUGAGAUCUAUGUGCAGAAGGUGAAUCCAUCACGUUUGCCGGUCGUUGUUGGCGGUCUUCUGGAUGUGGACUGCAGUGAGGAUAUUAUUAAGAACCUCAUAUUAGUUGUCAAGGGUCAAUUCUCAACGGAUGAGCUGGUUGAAGAAGUGGAGAAGCGUAAUCGCUUAAAACUGCUGUUGCCCUGGCUGGAAUCGCGCGUUCACGAAGGUUGCGUUGAGCCGGCCACACACAAUGCCUUGGCCAAGAUCUACAUUGAUUCCAACAAUAAUCCGGAACGUUUCCUCAAAGAGAAUCAAUACUAUGAUAGUCGCGUCGUUGGCCGCUAUUGCGAGAAGCGUGAUCCGCACUUGGCCUGUGUCGCCUACGAGCGUGGCCAAUGCGAUCGGGAGCUGAUCGCCGUUUGCAAUGAGAACUCGCUGUUCAAGAGCGAGGCACGUUAUCUGGUUGGACGUCGCGAUGCUGAACUGUGGGCUGAGGUCCUAUCGGAGGCCAAUCCCUACAAGCGUCAGCUCAUCGAUCAGGUGGUGCAGACAGCUCUGUCCGAGACACAGGAUCCCGAUGAUAUAUCUGUUACGGUCAAGGCGUUCAUGACCGCCGAUUUGCCCAACGAGCUAAUCGAACUGCUCGAAAAGAUCAUACUGGACUCUUCUGUGUUUAGCGAUCAUCGCAAUCUACAGAAUCUGCUCAUCCUAACCGCCAUCAAGGCGGAUCGCACACGCGUCAUGGACUACAUCAACCGUUUGGACAACUACGAUGCACCAGACAUUGCCAACAUUGCGAUUAGCAAUCAAUUGUAUGAAGAGGCAUUCGCCAUAUUCAAGAAGUUCGAUGUGAACACCUCAGCCAUCCAGGUCCUUAUCGAUCAGGUCAACAAUUUGGAGCGUGCCAACGAGUUUGCCGAGCGCUGCAACGAGCCGGCGGUAUGGUCACAGCUGGCCAAGGCUCAGCUGCAACAGGGCCUGGUCAAGGAGGCAAUCGAUUCAUACAUCAAGGCAGAUGAUCCCAGUGCCUAUAUGGAUGUUGUUGAUGUUGCCAGCAAAGUGGAAUCCUGGGAUGAUCUGGUGCGCUACCUGCAAAUGGCACGCAAGAAGGCACGCGAAUCCUACAUUGAAAGCGAAUUGAUUUAUGCGUAUGCCCGCACCGGACGCCUGGCCGAUCUUGAGGAAUUCAUCUCGGGUCCCAAUCAUGCGGACAUACAAAAGAUUGGCGAUCGCUGUUUCAGCGAUGGCAUGUACGAUGCCGCCAAAUUGUUGUACAACAAUGUUAGCAACUUUGCCCGUUUGGCCAUUACGUUGGUCUAUCUGAAGGAGUUCCAGGGCGCUGUCGAUUCGGCACGCAAAGCCAACUCGACGCGCACCUGGAAGGAGGUCUGUUUUGCCUGUGUCGAUGCCGAAGAAUUCCGUUUGGCGCAAAUGUGCGGCCUGCAUAUUGUUGUCCAUGCCGAUGAGCUCGAGGAUUUGAUUAACUACUAUCAGAAUCGUGGCUAUUUCGAGGAGCUAAUUGCGCUGCUGGAAUCGGCGCUUGGUUUGGAGCGCGCACACAUGGGCAUGUUCAGCGAAUUGGCAAUACUCUAUUCCAAGUUUAAGCCAUCCAAGAUGCGCGAGCAUCUGGAGCUGUUCUGGUCGCGUGUCAAUAUACCGAAGGUAUUGCGUGCCGCCGAAUCGGCGCAUCUGUGGUCCGAGCUGGUCUUCCUCUAUGACAAGUAUGAGGAAUAUGAUAACGCUGUGUUGGCCAUGAUGGCCCAUCCGACGGAGGCGUGGCGCGAGGGCCACUUCAAGGACAUUAUCACCAAGGUGGCCAACAUUGAGCUCUACUACAAGGCCAUCGAAUUCUAUUUGGACUUUAAGCCGCUGCUUCUGAACGAUAUGCUGCUCGUGCUAGCGCCACGCAUGGAUCACACCCGUGCCGUUAGCUAUUUCUCCAAGACGGGCUACCUGCCGCUGGUGAAACCAUAUUUGCGCUCCGUACAAUCGCUGAACAACAAGGCGAUCAACGAGGCGCUCAAUGGGCUGCUCAUCGAUGAGGAGGAUUACCAGGGCUUGCGCAACUCCAUCGAUGGCUUUGACAACUUUGAUACCAUUGCGCUGGCGCAGAAGCUUGAGAAGCACGAGCUCACCGAAUUCCGUCGCAUUGCAGCCUAUCUCUACAAGGGCAACAAUCGCUGGAAGCAGAGCGUUGAGCUGUGCAAAAAGGACAAACUGUACAAGGACGCUAUGGAGUAUGCCGCCGAGUCUGGCAAACAGGAAAUCGCUGAGGAGCUGUUGGGCUGGUUCCUGGAGCGCAAUGCACACGAUUGCUUUGCGGCAUGUCUAUAUCAGUGCUACGAUUUGCUGCGUCCCGAUGUCAUCCUGGAACUGGCAUGGAAACAUAAAAUCAUGGACUUUGCGAUGCCCUACUUGAUACAGGUGCUGCGCGAGUACACCACCAAGGUGGAUAAACUGGAGCUGAACGAGGCGCAACGCGAGAAGGAGGACGACACAACGGAGCAUAAAAACAUAAUACAAAUGGAGCCGCAGCUGAUGAUAACAGCAGGUCCAGCAAUGGGCAUACCGCCCCAAUAUGCCACAAAUUAUCCACCUGGUGCGGCAGCAGCGGCUGCAGCAGCGGCAGGACGCAACAUGGGCUAUCCGUAUAUGUAGGCAUCCAACAACAACACAAUUGUAGCUGUAACAACAACAACAACAACAACAAUCAGCAGCAACAGCAACAACAACACCAUAAACAACAAAAACAUAAACAAUGACAACUGAAUGCCGCAUUCAUAAUUCCUUUGCAUGAGCGCCAAUAACGACCAAUUCAACAACAACAACAAAACACCAACACAACAACAACAACACGCGUAGUGAAAUAUGUAUACCCAUA